AAUUUUGUUACGUGUAGGUACAUCGCACAAAAUAUUUGGCUUAACUAAAUUUUCCGUUAAACCAAUUUUUUUAUUUUAUUGAAAUUUAAAUUCUCAAUGCCUUGCAAGCCCGUUUCAUUUAAAAUUGAGUCAAAAAAAUCAAGACCAAAACCGCAUUCGGGGGUUUACAUAGUUAAAAGUCGUGAGCUCAGAGGAGGCAUACUGUAUACAGACUGCCAUUGUCUACGGAGAAAUGGAUUACAAUAUGACUGUCGGCGGACGUGCUGCCAGAACUCAAGCUGCUGCGUCGUGCUACCUGCGCCGUUGUGUGUGCCCGCCCACGUGGCCUGCACCAAACACUGCCAAAACCCUCAUGCAGAAGCAUUAACCGCUAUCUGCAGAAUGCGUACCUGUUGAUAUCAAAACAAUGUCAUGUCAAGAAAAAAAAAACACUAGAAAAGGGCAAAAGUUCAACCGUUCGUCCAACAUCUAAAUGAUAAUGAAUAGCUUGCUUCUAGCAGGAGUACUGGCAUAAAAAAAUUAAAUUCGGAAUCCAAAAAAAAAAUGAUGCCAAACAAAAAUGUUUGAAUGACAGAAUACCAAAUUUCUGUGAAACCCGUUGGACGUAUUUCUAAAAAAUUGUAAAAAAAAUAUUAAAAUUCUAAAUUGUUCGUGGAAAAAAUUAAAUUAAUUUUUGCUGUCUUUUAAAAUUUCUAGAUUUUAUUUAAAAACUGUUAUCUAAAUGCGCCUCCUUCGCACGUUUUAUUAAAUUAUCGGAUUUAUUUAACUACAAAAAUGUGUUCUCCGUGUGGUCCCAUGGUAUGCUACAAAUAUGAAGAUUGCGGUCCCGCCAAAGGGAAAAGCCAAGAAGGCCAAGCUUCGCGUGCGGAGGAAGGCGGUGAACAAAAAAAGGACGAAAAAGAAAACCAACUUAAAAGAACGAAAAGCCGUGAAUUGCGUGGGGGAAUAAUGUAUUACAGUUGUCAUUGUAUAAAGCGCAAUGGGCUGCAGCACGAUUGUCGCCGCACGGGAUGUGGCGGCGAACCUGCAUGUUUAGUGUUACCUGAUCCUGUGUGUGCCCCUAGUCAGCUGGCUCGCGCCCGCGGGCUCGCGGACCCUGCGCCGUUUGCAGCUCACUAUGCCGCGGUCGGCGGGGGUAGCUCCGGUGGGCAAGCGGCAGGCGGCUCUCAGUCCAGUGGCAAGAGAUUCAUUGUUUGCGAACUCAAAGGAGUUGUCCCAGACGCCGGCGGGAGCAGAGGUGAAAAAUGCUGUAAGUGUUCGUGUCCUGCUACUCGAGACCAUGAUAAACAUAGUCAACCCGGUGCGGCCAGUGGAGCCUGUUUUCUAGCUAAUGUUCCAGUCCAACCCAAAGCUUCUGCAAAUACAUCAAUUUCACGAUGCCCCUGCAAAUCUGGUAAAGCCGCUGCUGAUUCCCAUUCAGAUGGGCAAUCUCCAGCGUUUGUUUUUGAUGAGAAAACUUUAGAUACAAUUCUGAAGCGCUUCGAAGACAAAGAGUUGGCAGAGUCUAGUGACAAACCAGUGGCAGGGCCAGGAGGUCGCGUUCGUAAGCCUAAGCCGCCUGUAUUGGAAAAACCUUGUACGAGACCGGGUUGUGUUCACUGGCAGCCGCCCCCGCCCUGUGUGUGGGAUUUGCCUUGUAAAGCAGACUGUUUUGAGACACCGGCGGGGAUUCAGCCAGGUCGCAAUCCACUGAAGAGUGGCGGUGGCGGUUGGAUUUCAAAGGAAGGAGAGUCAUCCGUGGCUCUUGGUUCCCCCAAUAAAGCGCCUAGUGGCCAGCAUCACAAUAAAAUGAAAUUGCUGACGCCUGAAUGUUGCACAGGUUGUUCCGGGGCGGGAGGCGGCGGCGCGUCGGCGUCCGCGAGCGGGCUGCCGGCAGGACUCCCGGUGUUGGUCAUGAAGCUGUGCUGAGCUUCUCGUCUAUCACCAGAGGAUAAGAAAAAGUGAAAAAUGAUAUUAUGAAGUCUUCGGAAAAAUAAAUGUAUAUCGAGUAA